AUGGCCCAAGCUCGGUUCCUCAACCCGGUAAGUAACUACGGUACCUAUACUGAGAAGACGGUACGAUUAUUAAUAAUUAUAUUAUAUACUUGAUACGAAAAUAUUUUAUAUUUGCUUAGAUCAUGCCAUUUAUGGGCGCGGUCCUGAGUGGUUCAGAAGAGGGCUCUGUGGUUCGCAUCCAUGGAUCAUCAUUUUGGACUUCUAACAAGUGAAUAUUAUUAAACCAAAUAUAGUUUUUUUUUGCACACUUUUUAUGCAAUUCAUUUUUGUUUAGGAUCUGUAUCUAUUUUCAAACUGACUCAGAGGUCGAACCUAGAGACGAUGUUGCCUUGUAUAUUGCUUUAGACUUCAACCGUAACUUGAUUAUCAGAAACAGUAUGAUGGCACAAAUUUGGGGUUUAGAAGAAACUCAAGGUCCACCCGUGAGUUUGGUUAGAGGGCAGCCAUUUAAUUUGGAUAUAAUAUGUGAUGUAAAUAAUUAUAAAGUAAGUUAAGUUAUAAAAUCGGGUAUCUAUAUCUUUAACCCUCCUAUUAGUCAUGUACUGUGUUGUAUAACACAAAUAUUUACAAAUGCUAGCUCACAUUUUAGGUAGGUACCUUUUAUUGGAGGUAUGCUCAACGGUAUUUAUUUUGGUUUUUGGUUAAGUUUUUUUAUAAUAAUAUUUUACUCGUGCUAAAGCUGACUGGGAUACAUUAUGCACUAACCUUUCGUGACUUACCUAAUUUUUUUAGUGACUAGAUCAUAACUUUAUAUUUGUAAAAAAUAGAUGAGUGGGUCAAUUGUAUAUAAAGCAAGGAGAUCAUAAUGUUGACGAUAUAAAAUUAUACAUUUAAACCAGUGGUUCUCAAACUGUGAUUGCUGUAAGUAGUGGUGGUAAUCAAAUAAAUAAAUAUUAUUUUCAACAGUUCAAAUACUAUAUCAUGUUUCGUGUAAAUUAUGUUUAAUAAUAAUUUUAAAAAAAUUAUAUUUUGAUUGACUCAUACAAGUUAGUCUGAAAGUGAAGGCUAAUUUUUAGAAGACUUUAUAAAUAAUAUUAUUAUUUUGUAGUAUUCUACUGUCUUAUGAUUUUGAAACAAAUUAAUUCACAUUUAUAACAGUUCAGAUUUUAGUCACAAAUGAUACUCGAUAGUAUUCAUAGAUGGUCCAUAAGAAAAAAAAGUUUGAGAAUUCCUGGUUUAAAUUAAAAAAUAAAAACACAUUUGUAUCUGAAAUUUAUUUGUUUUAUAAGUAAAUAUUUAGUAAUUGUUGUGAAUAAAUGAACUCCUCUUUUUAUAAUUUUCUAAAUUUACGAAAAUAAUAAUUUUAUUAUUUUUAAUUUUGGUUUUUUUUUUUUUUUUUUUUUAAUUCAAUUCAAUAUGUUCAUAGAGAAUCAAAAUUUAGGCAGAUAACUUAUAUUUGCCUUUUCUAGAUAUUUUAAUUUAGCAAGUUUUUUGCGUUAUUUUUAUUCGGUAGGUACUCAGUAGAUAAAAUUGUUAGACCAAAGAGAAAGUUUUGUAAAUUUAAUAAAAGUUUCAUUAUAAGUUGUAAUUAGUGGUCAACAUGAAAAAAAUUAUUUUGAUGUAUUUUUUUUUCAAUAAGAAUUGGAUUUUACAAUUUUGACAAAAUCGUAAAUAUUAUAAUCUUUUAAACCAUGUACAACUGAACUCCGCUCAGUUUUCAUUAGCAAUGAUUAAACGUUGUAUACAGAUGUAUAUUAAAUUCCCUUCUAUAUCCUACAUUCUGAACUUCUGACAUACAACAGUGGCCCUUCCAUUUUUUAAAGUAUGUCAGUGAUUUUUUUAUGAAGACUUUUAAUUUGCUGUUUUUUAACCUAAAUUGUCAAAAAGUUAAUUUACUUAUAAUUACCAUAAGCUGUACUAUUUAUCAUAACAUGUUUAUGUUAUGUAUAUUAACCUUAUACAAAACUUUAUUUAUAAAUACAUGUUUUUUUUUUAAAAUUUUUUAGAUUUUAUUUAACGGAGUCUUUCAUGCAGAAAUGAAACACAGAAUACCUUGCAUAAAUGAUUUCUAUUUGGUUGUGGAUGGAGAUGCACUAUUGUAUAGUGUACAAAUAAAUGAUAUUGGCCUAGCACUACCCGGACAAAUUCCUAUUCCCAGUCAUUUACUGUUGCCUGAGCAAAUGCAGUACCUGUCAGAAGAGAUGCCUAUACCUGAACAAAUGCACCUGCCAGAAGAGAUGCCUAUACCUGAACAAAUGCACCUGCCAGAAGAAAUGGCUAUACUCGAACAAAUGGAUUUUUCAGAAGAGAUGCCUUUACUCGAACAAAUGCACUACUUGUCAGAAGAUAUGCCUAUACCCGAACAAAUCCACUUGUCAGAAGAGAUGCCUAUACCCCAACAAAUGAUCUACUUGUCAGAAGAGAUGCCGGGUUUACCCGGACAAAUUUCAAAGCCAACGAUGUUUAUGUGUGUGCCAGCUGGUAUGAAUGUUAGAUAUGUAUGGGUUGUAUUAAAUUCUGCUGGUCCUGAAGCUUAUACUUUGCCCGAAGAACAUGGCAACAGCAGCAGCAGCAGCAGCAGUAGCAGCAGUGAUGGUCCGUUUAGUAGUGACCGUUUCUGUAACGUCAGUAACGUAGCCAGUGGUGAGGCCGAGAGGGCUGCAGCCCCCAGCGAAAUAUUUAAAAAAUUUAAAAAUUAUUUUCAUGGUAUACGAAAGUCGCUACAAAAGUCUUAAAUUGUAUUUUACUGAUUUUUAAUAGUUAUCUUUAUUUUAUUAGCUUUUCUUAAUUUUUCGUGGAAAACAAUUUACUAGUAUUUACACUUUAAAGUUCUCUAUAACCGUGCUGGUAAGUACUUAAUGCACAAAACAUUGACCAAAACAACCAACCCUGGUUUUCCUAAGUUUUCUCCUGUUUUCCCGUAAUUUUCCCAAUUUUUCAUAUUUCCUGGGAAAAUUCCUUCGAAAAUAUGUAAACGACCUCUCUAAAGUACCUUCUCAGAAAAAUUGAUUUCAUUAAAAGUUGGAGUAAAAUAACUGGCUGUCCACAGAAAAAAAAAAUUAAAUAUCUUUGUAAAACCAUAAGCUUCUCCGUUACACUCCGAAUCAAGUCGUUAAUAACAAAAUAAUAUACACUUUCUGUUAAAUAAAAUACAAUUUGUAUCAUUACUUUGUUUUAGUACUAUGUCUUGGUACUAUACUUGGCUAGUAAACAUAGAUAAAGAUUUGUCAGGCUCAACUGCCUCACACGAUAUUAGUGAAUUAAUGAAAUCACAAAUUAAUAAUAAUACCUAUAUUUAUUUAUUGAAAAUAAAAUGGUUUAAAAAUAUAUUUUAAACAUAAAAUGUAUUAUCUUUGAUUAUUAUCCUAUAAUACAGACUCCCUUGAUUUGUAUAGUUAGAAUCUAUAAACUGAUUGCUACUCUCGAGUUAGCUAACGAUUAAAUGACCUAGAUUAUACAUAAGCCUACGUACAGUGCUGUAAUGGGAUAAUUUAAAUAAUAUCUAGAUACAGAAACAAGUAAUUUUUUUCAAAAGUAUCUAGGUAUACAAGUCUAGAUACAAGUACCUUAAGAUGCAUUUUACAUUUAAUAAAACCUACUAUUUCUUCCAUUAAGAUACUAUGACAAAAUAACAAUACUGAAGAUUGGCAAAUAUCCACCUUUUCUAAAAAAAAAUUUUUUGUAAGUAAUAAUCUAAUCGUUAUAACCACAGAAUAGAUUGAAUUUAUCUGAUAAUUAUUAUUAAAUGUAAUCUAUUCUGUAGUUGUAAUGUUUAAAUUUUGUCACACCUUUUUGUGUAAAUAAAUAAUGUCUUUAGAAAGACCUAAACAAUUUAAAAUAAAACUAAUGUAUUGCUUAGAAUUUAGAUGAUCCUAACAUUAAUAUUAGCUCUUCUCAGUCAUCAUACACGCUUCUGAAAAGAGAAAGACUCAUCACUUCGGUUACACCUCACUAAAUAGUUAUGAAGAAAAACUUAAAAGACUGAAAACUUAAAUAAAAACUGUUGAAGAUUUAUUGGUAGAACUUAAAAAUCAAGGUUUGAUCGAAAAUGAUCUGUGUAAUAUUCUUGAAAAUGAAUUUAAAGGCAUUUAACUUAAAAUUUAAAAAAAUGAACUGGUUAUUAUGGCUGUAGAUAAUAUAGUAGGUAAUGAAUUUAAAAAUUUGAUCUUACUCUUUAAUACUAUUCACCUUAGGCUUAUACAUUUUGUUGGUUAGUAUCAACUAAUGCUUAGUAUUAAUUUAUUUUUAAAGUUAUACUCAUAUUUGUAUAAUUAUUCUAUACACUAUACAGUUAUUCUUUUAUUGUUGAACACUCAUCUUUUCCAAAUCGAUUUAAGUUUAUAAAAUUAUUUUUCUUACAUAAUUUCUAAUCACAAUAAAGCAAUGUUUAAAAAAAAAAAAAUUGUUUUUAUUUUGAUAGGAAAUUUUGUAGGAAAAAUAUUUAAUUUUCCCCCGGGAAAUUGAAUUUAAAUGUAACAAUNAAAGUAUUUAUUUUUAGUAACUACAUAUAUAUUUUUGUUAUUUCCUUGUAUUUACUAUUAACAUUGGUCUAUACUCUGCAUUAUAAUAAAUUCACUCGAAUAAAAAGUGUUGUUUUGACAACCAGAUGGUAAAUAAUAUAACAUAAACGAGAAUAAUUUUUCUAGUUAUUCUAUGUGGUUUUAAGAAAAUUAACAUUGAUCCUAACAUUAAUAUUAGCUCUUCUCAGUCAUCAUACACGGUUCUGAAAAGAGAAAGACUCAUUACUUCGGUUAGACCUUACUAAAUAGUUAUGAAGAAAAACUUAAAAGACUGAAAACUAAAAUAAAAACUGUUUUUAUUUUGACAGGAAAUUUUGUAGGAUGUAAUUAUACAGUUAAUGUUCCUUCAUUAUUAUUUUUUAUUAUUACUUGUGCCUACUAUUUUAAAAAUAUUGUAAUCGUUUUUCAUAUUUAUUUUAUUAUUAAUAUUCAUUUUUUUUUUUUAUUACAAUUGCUUAAAUUUAUGUGAAUAAAGUAUUUAUUUUUAGUAACUACAUAUAUAUUUUUGUUAUUUCCUUGUAUUUACAUGGUAAAUAAUAUAACAUAAACGAGAAUAAUUUUUCUAGUUAUUCUAUGUGGUUUUAAGAAAAUUAAAAAUUGAAAAUAAUACCUAGGUAUCCCUCUGAAAAAUUAAAUUUUAUCCUUUGAAUUCUAUUUUUAAAUUUAAACUAUUGUAAAACAUAAUAGUUUACAUUUUCUAUGCAUCCAUUAUUUAUGUUCAAAUAUAUAUAUAUUGCAUUAUUUUCCUUUUUACUUGUUCACUUUUGCUGUGUUGUGCAAUAUUUUAAAACGAAUUUAAAAUGUUACAAGAAGUCUUGUUCGCUGAGUGGUAGAUACUUAAUUUUUUUUUAUUACAUACGUAGGUAAUAAUAAAAUCAACAUUUGACUUUAAAUAACCUCAGUAUCUUGGUCUGGUGGAAGAUCAAAGUAGGCAUAUUGUGCCUAUUGUAAGGUGGAUGAAUUCACAUUAUAGUAGACAAUGUCAUUUUCCCUGUGAAAGUUGAUCAGAAUACUCCUGUGGUACCUCUACCUUUUGUAAUAGCCACCAAAUGGGGUUGCAUCAGGUCGAUAGCCAAUGUUAAGACCAAUAUAAGGAGUUCUAAACAAAAUUUUGGCAUAUUAACUUAUCUCGGAUGUGUGUGUGGACAAUUGUAAUCAAAGGUAUCAUGAUGCAUGGUUAUUUGCAGAUGACAUAGCUUUGGUAGGAGAAAAUCUGAAAUAUUUAAGUUAACAAUGCGUUUGAGGAAUAAAAAGUAGCACUUGAAGAAAAGGAACUAAAGAUAAUUAGAAGUAAAACAGAGUAUGAGUUUUGAGGAACAGUAUAAGACAGUUAACGAGAAAUAUGAGGUUAUAUGCGAGAUUGAGAGUUUUAAGUAAAUACCUAGGUACCUAGGAUAUUUUGUACCUAUAUGUGACUAUCAUGAGCGUGUUAAACACAGGAUUAGGUGUUGAUGGAAAAAGUGAAAAGAAGCAUAUGGUGUUUUAUGAAACAAGAUAAUGGAACAAAUCUAGUUUAGCACCUCUGAAUUCCGGAUUUUUUUCGGUAACUUACGUAUGUAUUUCACCGUUUUAAAAAUUAUCGUGCUAAAAGUUUAUUUCGGAAAUCAUCAUUUUUUUAAUUAAUGCAGAAAAAAAGUUUGCCUUUAUUGUAUUAGAGUUGUACCCUCGUAGAUCUGUAACGUAUAACCGUCGAUUUGUUGAGCAAAACCACGUCGGGUGGGCAACAUAAAUUGCGAAUUUAUAUAAUAUUCAUGUCAUAAAUUAUCAAGCCCUAAUAAAAAGUUUCCACUGAGGGCGCUUUUUUCACUUUUUAUACUAGUGGCAGAUCUAGAAUUUUUUAUGAGGGGUGUUAAGGUUAAGGUCGCAUAUUCUAUAUACUCCAUCCUGAUGGCAAGACUUUUUUUUUAGUCCUCAAAAUGAAUGUGCUUAAACUUUUGGAAAUAGUCUUUUGGCAGAACUUUUUAAACUUUUGGCAGUCGUGUACAAAUCGUAUUACCGAUAACUAACCCGUUCUUUAAAACCGUGUCGUUGCGUAUUCUAUUGUAUCUAGAGCAUUUUAGGGGCAGGUAUGUGCAUUCGCCAUUUUGUUUGCAAAAUAUUGUUACCUAACCCAUUAUCAUAAGCAUUAUGUAUAACUGUAUGAAUGCAAUCAUUAUUCGAUUUAUUUCUGAGCUUAUUACUUAAUACUGAUUGUUAGUUAUUUAGUAUUAAAAUAUUUUGACAUGAUCUAGUCUAUGUUUGAAUGGUCUAUAUUACCAUUGGUUAUAAAUAAUAGUAUUUAUAAUACUUAACUAAAGAACAUAACUACAAGAAGAACAAAAGUACCUAACUCAUUUAUACAACGACCUGAGUUAUAUAUAUAUAUUAUGAUUUGAUUGUCUACAUCUGGAGAUCCAAUGCGGAUUACAGAAAAUAAAACAGUUGCUGCUAAUGAAAAUAUAUAAGAUAUAGAUAUAAGUAUUAUAAGUAUAGUAUAAGGUUUUUUUAAGCUCGGUAACUAAAAAAAGUUUUUUACAGUAGCCAUUGUUGAAAAAAAAAGCUAAUUUUACUGCAGAAAUGUGCUUACAAAUUCUAAAUUUGAAUUGUUUGUAUCUUUAAAAGUAUUUGCAUUGGCAGAAACAGUAUCUGCAAUCUGACUGGAAACAUUGUCAUCAGUAACAGAUCUCUAUAAAAAAUUGUAAUUAAAUUAAUUGGACUACUGCCUAAUUAACUCAACUAUUGAACUACUGCACAUUCAGCAAAUAAAACUAACCCUAAAUUAAUUAAUUUACACACUAUCUGCUUCAGCAUUAAUAAUAAUAAAUAAUUUAUAGGUGUGAAAUUAGGGGACCAGAGUCAGGGAGCUGUUUUAAUAAUAAACGAAUGUCAUGCUUUCGAGUUGCCUAUACCUGGGAUAUUAAAAGAGUAAUGUUGUGUAAAUCGAAAAAACACCCAAUAGCCGUAAUACAAAUACAUCAUCUAAUCCAUAAUGAUGAUAUUCAAAAGAAAUCCAGAGAAAAGAUAAUUUUGCAGCUACACUCAGAAAUAACCCACAAUUACUCAUGAUCAAUAUCAUAGCAACAUUAACAUCUAAGUCAAUAUGCGUAUAGUUACUACUCAGUGGAAUACAAAUUAUGUAAAUGGUGGAUGACAUAUAAAGCUAUCCAUGUAGUUAUUAGUUUUUUCCACUGAUGAAGGUAAAGUAACAUUUUGAUUAUAAUUAUUUUGUUGAUAAUGAGAGUCAUUUAUAUACAUUAAAGUGUUAUGGGAGGAGGGGGUGACUGUAUCUUACAUUAAUUUACAUUUUUAACUUCUAAUACCUGAGUAGCCAAGUAGGUAUGUAUGUUGAGUAAAUACAGAGUAAUUCUUUUAUCGUUAAACACUUAUAUUUUUGGUGGUGAAACUCUUAAGACAUUUUUGAGCUUUUUAUAGACAUUUUAAUUUUGUGAAUAAUUUUUAUUUGGUAGGUACUCUGUGAAUAAAAUUGAUAGAUUAAACAGAAAUGUUUGAAUUUAAUUACAAGUUGUGCUUAAUAGUCAACAAGAAAGAAUUAAGUUUAAUGUGAUAAUUUAUUUUUAUUAGAAUUUUAAUAUCAAAUUUGAUGAAAAUUGUUUUAGUGAAAAAUGAAGUGGCACAAAUCUAGUUACUAGUUCAUACAAAUUGUUUCAAUAUAAUAUACAUUACAUAGGUUACAGGGCCUAAAAUAAUGUGUCCCCUGACACGAAGUGUGUUCCCUGAAAAUUGAAGUGUCCCCCUGAAUUACAAAUGUAUGUAAUACAGUGAAUUUGUUGAUGGAUAAAACAGAGGUCGGAGAACGAUGGAUAUUGUACCAUGGCUAAUUAAUGAAAAUCAUCGAAUAAUAGUAUUCAUAAAUUUGUAUACAAAACAGUAGUACAUCAUGGAUCCCUAAAAGCCAUAUGACAAUAAAAAUCAAGUUUGAAUCCUUGCGGAAAAAAAUUAAACCAAAUUCUAAUUUCGAAGGUGGAAUUCCAACAAUAAAAUUUGAUCAAUGUCCAUUUGUCAAUGUUUCAAAACAAAGAGAUUCAUUUAAUUGUGGAAUUUUUAUAUUGUACUACACGUUUACAAUUAUGAGCAAAUCACAUUUCAAUAUAGAAUUCAACUUUCAUGAUUAUAGAGAUACACUAAAAAGACAUCUAUUGUUGAACUCUGAAGACAUAACUUAA